GUCAAUUUUCCUUCUUUUUUUUUCUUUGGACUUUUAUUCUUUCAACUCCUUUCUUUCUUAAAAAAAAAAUCUCUUUAAUUAUGUCAAAUGAUGAUACUGCUUUAUUAAACGAUCUUAUAAAAGUAACAAAUAGAUACGGAACUUUUUCUAGAUCAUCAUCUUCUGUCAGCGAAUUAAAUUUAGAAAGCCAAGCUCUACUCGAACGUAGUCAUGACCAUUCCAAUAAACCACAUUCAUUUUUUCCGACAACCAUUGUCGUUAAAAACGUUGGAUCUACUGCGCGUGACAAUCUCUCAUUAGAGAGGAACUUUUUAUCAUGGUUACGGUUAUCAACAACUUUAGUUUUAGUUGGAAUAGCUUAUUAUUUUCAUUUUGAAAUUAUACCAUUACCAACAUCUAAUCAUUCCAAUAUACUUGGUUUAUUUCUCAUGUUCUUAGGAAAUUUCACGUUAUUAUGGGCUUUAUUGAAUUAUUUACAAUUUCAACAUAUGUUAGAUAGAUACUUGAUAGUUGAAAAUGGUAUAUUGCAAUUUAUGGUAGCUGGAACAGUAGGAGUUGCUAUAAUUGCGGCCUUUAUCGUUGAUUCAUAAAUCAUAAGAUUCAUAACAAGAUGAGGGAUAAAAGUAAAGUAAUUAAUGAAAGUAAAAAAAGAACAAGUGUUUUAAUGAAGGA